UUUAAGAGCAACGGAUCAAGAUAGAAUCUGCCACCAUCAUCAACCAUCUACGAUGCGGCAUUCAAAAUCUUGGCCUGAGUUGGCUGGCCUGAGGAAGGAGCCUGUAGUUUUUCUUUUUAUUUAUUUUGUACCUUUAAAAGGGGCACUGUGUAGAAUCCUGCCUCUAACCAUUAAAAAAAUGAAUUUCAAUUAAUCACAUGCCUUGAACCAGACCAAAAUAGUAUUAGCUAGUCCAUGUGUAAAUUUAACAGGUUUAGGGAGGGGGCAAAUAGUACUGAAAGUGUCUAAAGCAAUUUUUUGUUGACUCCAAAGUCAAUGCAAACUGGUAGAGUGACUUGUGAGAAAGUUUCAAACGGGAAUCUCAGGCACUUUGAACUAUUUUGUAGAUAAAUGUUUGAUUAACUUAACACAUUCCCUGCAGAUGUCUUCUGGUCAUGCAUGUCGCGAUACAGUACACAUCUUACAAACCGUGCCUUUAAGCACAGUGAGAUACUAUCAGUCUUUUUUUAAUUUUGUUUGAUUUAAACAGUAAAAACAAAAAAAAAACGUUAUUUGAAUUGAGUUUCGGCCCACUAGUGUUCUUUUGUUGAAUGUAGGUCUACAGUCCCACCCACCGGUCUGGCUCAGUGGCUUGAGAGUUUAGCAUGACGCCACUCAUGCCCCGCCCCGCAAACUCAAUCUUUGCGUUCAUUUAAUUCCUGCUCUCAUUCCACGCAUACUUCACAUCCCUGUAGAUAUGCGGCGAAUUUUACGCACUCAGCUGGCUGGUUUGUAAAAAAAAAAAAAUCCUAGGCAAUUCUGAAAAUAACCUUACGGCCCUUCAACUAAAUCGUGAUACAGCGAAAAAUAUCACAAUUUACCAUUAUAGUGGUGCUUAAGGCAGGGAGUUGCCAACAGGAAUAUUUUGCUUUCCGACUCCGAGCUCAGGAAAACAUACAAGUCCAGAGGACUUGUUGCAUCCGUGGGAUUUCAUUUGGCCCUUCGAUAGUAUCUGUCCCCUGCAUACUGGGCUCCGGGCCUGGGCUUGGACGAGCCAACCACCACCAUGGACCCCAGCAACUGGAGUGGCAGCGAGAGCCCUGCCGACGACAUGGAGAGGAUGAGCGACGAGGCGGACAAGGGCAUGGACGGGGACCCCGAGGGGGUGUGGAGCCCCGACAUUGAGCAGAGCUUCCAGGAGGCGCUGGCCAUCUACCCCCCGUGCGGGCGAAGGAAGAUCAUCCUCUCGGAUGAGGGCAAGAUGUAUGGUCGCAACGAACUGAUAGCAAGAUACAUCAAAUUACGAACGGGGAAGACGAGGACAAGGAAACAGGUCUCCAGUCACAUUCAGGUCCUUGCCAGACGGAAAUCUCGUGAGUUUCACACCAAACUAAAGGUUACUUGCAUGGACCAGAGCGUGAAGGACAAGGCUCUGCAGAGUAUGGCCUCCAUGUCCUCGGCUCAGAUAGUCUCCGCCACCGCCAUCCACAACAAGCUGGGCCUCCCGAAACCCACCUUCCCCGGGGCGGCUGGGUUCUGGCAAGGCAUGAUAUCUACUGGCCAGCCUGGUUCCUCACAGGAUAUUAAGCCAUUUGCCCAGCAGGCCUACCCCAUCCAGACAGCAUUAACGACCACCAUGUCAGCAUACGAGCCCCCCACUGCCCCCGCUCUGACGACCCCAGCAUGGCAGGGGCGGUCCAUUGGGACCACCAAACUCAGGCUGGUGGAGUUCUCCGCUUUCCUGGAGCAGCAGAGAGACCCAGACUCUUACAACAAGCACUUGUUUGUGCACAUUGGCCAGACGAACUACUCGUACAGUGAUCCUCUCCUGGAGUCGGUUGACAUUCGCCAGAUCUACGACAAGUUCCCGGAGAAGAAAGGGGGACUGAAGGACCUCUUUGGAAAGGGUCCUUACAAUUCCUUCUUCCUGGUUAAGUUUUGGGCGGACCUGAACUGUAACAUCCAGGAUGAAUCCGGGGCCUUCUACGGCGUGACCAGCCAGUAUGAGAGCUCGGAGAACAUGACCAUCACCUGCUCCACCAAGGUGUGCUCUUUCGGCAAACAGGUGGUGGAGAAGGUGGAGACGGAGUAUGCUCGCUUUGAGAACGGACGCUUUGUCUACAGGAUAAGCCGAUCUCCCAUGUGUGAAUACAUGAUCAACUUCAUCCACAAGCUGAAACACCUGCCUGAGAAAUACAUGAUGAACAGCGUCCUGGAGAACUUCACCAUCCUAUUGGUGGUGACCAACAGAGACACUCAGGAGACACUCCUUUGUAUGGCGUGCGUGUUCGAGGUGUCCAACAGUGAACACGGAGCCCAACAUCACAUCUACCGGCUAGUCAAGGAAUAAGACACUAACUUUGUGGUGACAUGCUUCAUUCAGACUGGGAAAGACAGAGACCUACCAGGGCAUGUUGCUAAUGAAGGACAGAGGGACAAAACUAAACGACCGUCCCGGAGUUUUGACAGAGAGAAAUCACUCCUGUGAUUGGGCUGGUUGCGGGAGAGACUUGAGGCAACGGCCCAGCGAAAAACACGCCUUCGGAAAGACUGAAUGACAACCUCAUGGAAAGUGGCUGUGCCUCUACGCAAAAUCCACCCACAAUGCCCUUUGGUUUUUAUUGGGGUGAUGUCUAUCUCGGAUAAUAUAUCCUUAUAUUUUUGUCUUUUUAAUGUAUAUUUGUAUGAGUGCCAUGUGUUGUGUCAUUUUCCCGGACUAGGUGAUGUCUGUGAUGUAGAUACUGUACAGAGGCGGAGGCAUUGUGGAACAUAGGACGUUCUGUGAAUUACAUUUGGAAACUUCUGUCAGUUUCCUGCCUUUCAUUCAUUAGUCAUCACCGGUAUGACCCAUUUUACAGAUCACCAUAGCCUAUCUUAAUUAGAUGCAUAGUAAAACUAUACAGACCAUCACUACAUAAUCAUGUGAACGUCACUAUAACAAUUUCCAAAGAGAAAGUAUGUAGUUUUAAUAUUCUGUACAUUUUGGAAUAACAUAGAUAGCAAAUAUUAAACUAUGAAGGAGACAGAUUAUAGAUAUAAUUCCGGGGACACUGAAACUAUAAGACAUGAAAAAAUAUGCCAGAGAGGCACCACUCAGCGGCACAGCGCUCUAUGGAAGUGGAAAAGCACUGUGAAAACCCUACAGCACCACAAUGGACGUCAGAGUCCAGAGAUUGCUCGUACGUUGUCUUUUCUCUGAGCUGCUAAGGUCCCCCCCCCGUAUGACAAUAAAACAAAAGAAAUCACAAAAUCUCCGUAUUAAACGUUGAGUGGGGAAGUGCUGUACAAUGAGCACCCAUCACAAAAGCACUUAGCCCCCCCCCCCCCUGCAUAGUUAUUAGGAGUGGGCUUUACCUUGUUGAAUGAACCCGGUUCCUUCAGUGGAACCCUAACCCUGCAUCGCCCUGGCUCAGCCCGUCUGUGGGCCCUCGCUACGGGGUGCCUUAGCAUUGGUGGUUGGCUGUGGGAUCCUUACAGAUGCCCCAGCUGGCAUUCAAGCUGUGAACUCUCCCCCAAGCCGGAGGACGGCUCAGUGUUGCGCAUGCAGUGCCUUAAUGAGUACCUUUUGCACCAGAUUUGUUCGGGAAGAAAUGCAUCCCAUAGGUGUGGCACGGUGCCUGUCAUUACACUCGACUGUCAGUGGUUUUACCUGUACUCUCUGUUUUACCUUGUUUUACAAAAUCAGCGUGGUUAAGUCAUAGAUUAUUAGACUAAACAAGUUCCACAUGUCAUAGCAGUAAUAACUUUAUCUUGCCUAUCAAAAACCAAAAAAACCUGGAGACAUGUCAGAUGUGCAAUUGUCCCCUGCACUGUAUCAUAAAGUGCCUUUGCUUAUGACUCUGCAGCUUAGAGAAGGUUUAAAAGAAGCAAAACCAAAAAGUACAAGAAAUGGCAGAAAAGAUCACCAGAAUGCCUUUCCCUGUAGAACUCAUUAAUAGAACAAUAACACUACUUCAAAAAAAACAAAGAUUGGACCCCUGGGUACAUGUUCAAUGUAAAGUAUUUUCAAUAGUUGGAGGAUCCAUUAUACCCCUGUGGGGGGGUCUAUCAAUCACAUCAUUUUCACAGGGAGUGGAAUGUGUCAUCAUAGCAUUAUACACACACUAACCCACUACAGUCCAGGAAACAGAAUACUGUAUACUUGUGUUACAUUGUUGCUGAAGACAAUUGAUCAGGGUUCAUGUUGUAUCUGGAAGACCUUGUGUUCUUUCUUAUAAUUGUGACUAGAUUCUGACGUGAACAGCACAGUCCACCAUUGCAGUAGUUUGUAUUUUACAGUGCUUCUGUGAUUGCAAUUUAACCAGAACCAAGUCGGUUGGUUUCACUGCUGGGCUCUCCGUAUGUCAACCUGGAAUAUAGAUUUUACAUGAUAACUUUGGAAGAUGCUAUUUCACAUGGACACAAGAAGAAUUUUGACGCAAACAUCAGCAGCAAAGUUCUGGGACAAUGCUCUUUGUAUAUAGGUACUGGUACCUUUUUGUCCUAUCUAUUUUUCAAAAUUGGCUUUGAGUUGGGAUCGCAUUCUCAGAACAUUUUGUGCAGAGAUUUUAAAAGGCAAUUUGUAUAAAGAAGAUAAUGUAUUCUGAGAUUUCUUGGUACACAUGUUCAAUUUUCUUAAAGAUUGUGAAUUUUUGAGAUGAGAAUAUGAGAGAAACUGACAAUAUGUGUGUUGUUAAAGCACAGGGUCUGUUCUUUGCUUAGUAACUUUUCUUCAUUGCUAAAGUGUUAGAUCUUUUAUAGCUUUCUAGAAACUUUGUAUGCAUAUAAUAUCCCGUUAAAAUAAAUGGUCAAUUCUG